AUGUCGGGCGAGGGAGUAGUGAAGCCUUCGGAGGCUACACUGGAUGCUGCAACAAAAGGCCAAGCUGUGUCGGGGUAUGAGGAUCUAGGAAUCUGGGAAACGAUCAAAACAUUCAAAGUUUGCACGAUCGUAUGCUUCGCCAUGGCUUUCAGUGCGGCUACCGAUGGAUAUCAGGUUGGAAUCAAUGCCAGCAUUAUCGCUAAUAAAGGAUUCGUCGCGCAGUUUGCCACUGAAAUUGGAAAGGACGGAAAGCCCGCUCUGGCGUCGCCGAUCCUUGCUGGAUGGAGCUCCAUCAUGUCCUGUGGUCAAAUCGUCGGGAUGGUUUCACUACCGUUCCUGUCAAGUAGGUAUGGUAGGAAGACGGCGAUGUACACAUUCUGGGUGAUUCUUGUGAGUAGCGUGCUCGCGGAAAGUCUGUCGAGGUCGUGGCAGGCAUGGCUCGUCGGCAAACUACUUGCUGGGAUUGGUGUCGGAUGUCUACAGUCCACGGUACCAACUUACAUUGCUGAGGUCGCACCGAAUCGUAUUCGUGGUGGUCUAUUGAUGUGCUAUAGUUUCUGGUGGUCACUUGGUUCCUUCUUUGCACAGGUUGCUCUGCAGCAUCUGGCCCACGAUCAUCCUAUGAAUUACUUGAUACCCGUUUAUACCCAAUGGGCUCAGAUUGGCAUAAUGUUCCUGAUAUAUAUUGUCGUGCCUGAGUCCCCUGCUUGGUGUAUCGACGCUGGUAAGACUGAUCGAGCCAGAAAGGAGCUCUUGCGACUUUAUCAUGGGGUUCCGGGCUAUAACGUGGAUCAACAACUUAGUGUCUUGUCCCUCGCAGUUGAGCACGAGCGGGCCAUAGCAGCCGAGCAGCGAAGAGAGAGGUGGUACUCCAUAUUCCGUGGAACUGAUGGCCUACGCACUGUCAUCACGUUGUGGACGAACACCACGCAACAGCUCAUCGGGCUCACGCUCUUCAGCACGUUUGGGACGUACUUCUUCCAGCAGGCUGGUCUGAGCGACCCCUUCAAAAUUAAAGUCAUUACUACAUCUAUCCAAAUUGCCACGGUUCUGGUUCUCGUGGCGGUAGCCGACCGCCUAGGCAGACGAUGGCUGGCCUGUGGGGGCACCACACUGUCAUGGCUCGCUUGUGUGGCUAUCGGCAUCGUUGGCGUUGUUUCCCAGAGCAAUGGGUCUACAUAUGCUUUCGUGUUCUUCGCUUGCCUUUGGAAUGUUGGUCUAGCUGCGAACGGCGCAACAGGUUGGGGUUAUAUUGGCGAGAUCUCGUCCCAGCGACUACGACCCUACACGGCAGGAUUCGGUGCAGCUGUAACCUGCAUCGUAGGUGUGGUGAUGAGCAACCUAGUCCCUUACAUGACGAACGUCAACAAGUGGGACUGGGGCCUAAAGACAGGUUGGUUCUAUGCUGGGGUCGGUUUUCCAUUUACCCUUGGAAUGUGGUUCUUAAUUCCAGAGACUUCUGGUCGCUCUGCCGCUGAGUUGGACGAAUUGUUCGAGAGGAAGAUUAAGCCAUGGCGAUUCCACAAAACAGAAACCGCUACCCAACGUCUUGUCCAGAUCAGGAGAGAGGAGGAUAGCUGA